AUGUCUGAUUCUGAAAUAGAAUCAAAAUCACAAAAAGAAGAAGAAGAAGAAGAACAAAAAGGAGAAGAAGAGUUACCUCGUGAGUCGUCUGCAACAUCAUCUGAACAAGAACAUACUUCUGAUAUUGUUGAAUCUAUAGAUGAUCAAUCAAAACCUGAUAUAACUGUAGUCUGUACUAUAUGUGAACGUUAUGUAAACAUUUGUGAUUUAACAACACACAUGGUGUAUCAUAAUGCGUUACGAUUAUUUAAACUUAAAGAGGCUCCAGCUACAAUAGAAAUAUUACUUAAACAACGUGAAGUAAUCAUUCAACGUAUGCAACGUUUAAAAAUAUCUGAGGAAUCUUAUUUAAAAUAUGUUAAAACAAUUAAUGAUACAUUUCAAAUUCUAAAAAGAACUAUCGAUCCUUAUGAUUAUCUAGAUGAUUCACAUAUAUAUGAUAAUAAUGAAGCAUCGAAUGUUCAAGGUUUAAGUUUUAUACCACAUAAUCGACUUUUUCUUAGUAUUGGCAUGUGUACAAGUCAAAAUAAACAAUAUAAAGUCGAUAUGGAAGAUACAAUGAAAUUUAUUGAUUGUUUCGGUAUAAGAUAA